AUGGCUGCUGCGCCGGAGCCCGGGGAGCCCGGGAAGCGGAAGUUAUCUUUUAUUUUAUCCUAGCCCUUUAAGCUCCUAGGAAUUUUAGAUGUCGAAAACAUUCCUUGUGCACGAGAUUCGAUACUGUAUGGUUCAUUGGGAUCUGUUGUGGCUGGCCUUGGACAUUUCUUGUUAACUAGUAGAAUUAGAAGAUCAUGUGAUGUUGGAGUAGGAGGAUUUAUCUUGGUGACUUUAGGAUGCUGGUUCCACUGUAGGUAUAAUUAUGCAAAGCUGAGAAUCCAGCAAAGAAUUGCCAGAGAAGGAAUUAAAAAUAAGAUAUUAUAUGAAAGCACCCACCUUGAUCCUGAAAGAAAACCAACCAACGGCAACCACAGCAACUGAGCAUUCUUGAGUGUAGAAAACCAAAAUACAACUCCCUGAAGUCAGUGUGAACAAAGCUAAGACCAACCAGAUAAAGCAUUCUGUGUACAUUAAGAAAGCUCUUAAUCAAGUAAAUAAAAA